GUACCACUCAAGGAUAUGUUUGACUGGAUAGGUGGAACAAGUACCGGGGGUCUUCUAGCCUUGGCAAUAGGUGUAGAUUUACCAGCUUGCACAGGUGCAUAUAGAAUUACUCCAGUAGAUGUAAACAGCCGGCCAUCAUCAUGUCUCACAAAUUUUUUACUCAGUGGAAGAGCAGUAAUGUUAGAACAGCCUCGAAAAACUGGGCUCAAGGUAAUAUCUCAUAUGCUAACAAGUCAUGGUGGAGAGAUAUUUAUACAUUGUAUACCAACAGGACGGUCAAUACUAGAAGAUCCACCAUCUAUUAGUGAAGGUCCUGGUGGUAGGGUGACAGAUUACAGAAUACCUGACUUUAGAGAGUUUAUGAAAGAGAAUAGAUUGGCACCAGCUUCUCCAGCAGUAGCAGAGAUGGCUCCUCAACAACCUAUUCAACGAGCAUUACAACAUAUAGAGAGGACUAGUAGAUGCUGGCCAAUGGUUAUAAGUGACACAAUUAUCUUCAAUAUGGCAUCUCAUAUUGAUCCAUUACCUACAUUACUUGUGAAAGAACAGCUGACAGAGGAUGAAGUUAUUGACUGUAAAAAGGCAAUAUAUCAUAUUGUAGGUAUGGAGAGCAGGAGUGAACCAUUGCCAAUAAACACAGCUGGCAUCAGAGGGAAAGGUGCUAAAAGAGAUCAGCAAUACUCACAGAUGUGGUCAGAGAUGGAGGCAUUGGUACAGGCUCAUGCAGGCACCUCUGAUAUGCACCUGAAAAUUCUUGAAUGUCUACUAGAGUGUAAGAAACCCUCAGAUGAGAAACGUAAGGCUGAUAAACUGGCAGUGAAGGAUGAACUUAGUGAAGUUGAAAGUGCAUGGAAAGAUCUUGAUAAGUAUCAGAAGAUGACAGAACAUGAGAAGAAGGAAUUUAAUCUGGAUGACAGUCAAGAGUAUUUGGGCCCGCCAAACAAACGCUUGAGACCAGGAUUUAAUGAACCUCUUGUUAGAACUGGGGCCAAGCAGAACUUAUUAUCCAUAUGGACUAACUGUAUUAAAAGUGUUCAUUCAAAGAGGCAUACAGAAUUUAUAGGUUGCCAGGAAAAUGAAGGCACCAUUGCAGAAUUAUAUAAACAUAUGUUUGAAGACGCAGAUGAUGAAAAUACUGUACAGAGCUUGAAAAAAUGAUUAUGACUAGAAGAACUUAUCAAUGAUUUACAAGUUGAAACAGUAUUUAUACAUCAGUACACCGGACUACAUUGUAUAUGAACAAGAUAAUACAGAAGAUAUUUCUGCAGUAUACUGAUACACAAACAUUGAUGUUGGACUCAAAUACAAUACAGUGGCUUAAAAACUGUCAUUAGUGUUACUUAGAAUAAACUACAAUUUAGGCUUAAAGGUUUCAAGAGCUAGCAGUGACUUUAGUAGGUCUAUGCUGCCAUUAACAUGUAGUUGUCAGUAGAAUGACAAGUCUUCUUGCUAUUACAUGCUCAAUUUCAAUAUAUUAACCAGAUAUUGAACAAAGAAAAAUAACUCUGUCAUUAAGUGAGUAUCAAAAUUCAGUCUUUGUUUAAGUACAUUGUGUAUGUUAUAUAUUUAGUUAUAUUACAGUCUGUAAGUACA